AUGCCGAAAUCUUUGAAUGCCGUUUUUUUCGAAGUUACUAUCGAAUCGUCUGCAGAAAAUUUAAUUCCACGUAAUCAAAAAGCUUUGAAAAUUGGAAAUCUCUACUAUUAUCAAAAUGGAAAUGAACUAUUAUUAGCACCAGAAACAACACUUGAAAUAACCGACUAUAGUGUAUCUGUUGAUUCGACUAACAAUAAAAAAUGGAAUAUUGUCAUGAAACACACUCAUGAAAUUAAACUAAUGAUUGAAAUUGGUGAUAUUUGGUACUAUUGGAAAGAAAAUAUGUUUUUGGAAACAAGUCAAGCAUCGUUCGGUUGGUUAAUGAUACAAAUGGGACAAUUCGAUCAAGCAGACAAGUAUUAUUCAUUAUUAAUAACACAUUUAGAAAGUAUUCCUAUUCAUGUAAUGACAACCGAGUAA